AUCCAAUCUUGGACCUGCUUUUAAACUUUCUGUCUAUGGAAAUCACUUAAGAUCAUGUCUGAAUACUUAAUUUCAUGUGGCAGGUGUGUGUGUGAGACAUGCUCUGCAUAUCAGUAUCCUCAGUCCUCUGAUUAUAUUUCUAUCCUGUGGUAUCUGGUGGGUCUCCUUCCACUGGCUGACCUACUUCUCUGAAACUCUGCCCUGUUGGUUUGAGUUUGACACUCUCGGCUGGACGGAGAGCGGACACAUGUUUUGAAUCUGGCGUACCUCGGUUUACUCAACACACCCAGAACUUCCACACAGCCAUGGAGCAGGAGGCUGCAGAGGACGCUGAGACUCAGGAAGUUCCUCCAGAUGCCGAGCUGGCAGCAGCUAUUAUGAAAAGACAUUUUCGACCAUCUCUGAUUAAAUGUGAAGCAUGGGAGGGAUAUACAUUUGCCAAUCUGGAGAUUAAAAUCAAAGAGUCGACUGAUUGUUAUGGUGCUGUGCUGUGGCCCUCAGCCAUGGUGUUGUGUCAUUUUCUUGACACGCAUCAGGAAAAAUAUAACCUUGUAGAUAAGAACGUCAUUGAGAUUGGUGCUGGAACGGGAUUGGUUACUAUAGUGUGCAGCCUUCUAGGUGCAAAAGUGACGUCCACCGACCUCCCAGAUGUUCUCGGUAACCUGCGCUACAACGUGAGCCGCAACACAAGGGGACGCUGUCGCUACGAGCCCCAUGUGACAGAGCUCACCUGGGGGCAGCAGCUAGAAGAGCGUUUCCCUCGCGCAUCCUGUCGCUAUGACUACCUCAUGGCAGCAGAUGUUGUCUACUCCCACCCGUACCUCAGCGAACUGAUGGAGACCUUCGAACACCUGUGCUCAGAGGACACUGUUAUAUUCUGGGCAAUGCGGUUCCGCCUGGACCCCGAGAAUAGCUUUGUGGACCGAUUUAGAGUGCGCUUUCAUUUGGAGGAGCUUUAUGACCUGCCCAGUCUGCAUAUUAAGUUGUACAGAGCGCAGAAGAAAGUCUCAGGUUCACAGAGUCAUUCUGGGGCUGCAGCGUAGAGUACAGGAUGGUAUCUGCUCAGGAUAUAGCUGUGUGUUUAAACUCCUGAAUUCACUGUGGGUGUGAUAAUAAAAUGCAUUAAUUUGGCAGCUAAGAAAAUUCCAAAAUUUUGAAGGUUCAUAUUAAUUUGUUUUCUGAAGGAGUGAUAUCAAAAACUUCUAAAAUUAAUACAUUUUGUGUGAAUAAAGCAGAUACAAAGGUAUUUUUCCAAAAGUAUCAGUCUUAAUACGUGGCUUGACAGCUAACCGGCUCUCAGGCCUGAGAUUUGAACCGACAACCAGCCACUAGUACAGAUCUCUUUGUUUACUACACAGCAUUAUUUAAUCCAAUAUUUCCAAGAACUGAAUCUGUACAGAGAUUAAAAUAUUUAAGACCAAACUGAGGAGAAAAACACUGUAGCUCAUCACCAUUGCAGUAAGAGUUUUAGAAGCUCUGAGAGAGCAUGCAUUAAUCCACCCACCCUCCUACCUCGGGCAGUUUUCAUUCCUGGUGCAACCCCCUGGGCCCCUUUUCUAUUCUGCAUGUCUCUUCGAUGACUGAACUGUACAAAAAUAACCAGGGGAGUUAUGGAAGAGCUACACAAACAUUACUAACUAAUGUAUCCUUUUGUUACUGAAGAUAUUUGUCAGCCAAAUGAGAUACCUACUGAUUUAGAAUUUUAAAAAAAAAAGACUUAAAUGUAGGACUGAAGCAAAAUUAACAGCAGAAUAUUUUGCUUACAGAGAGAAAUAAUGUCAAAAAGUUAGACUGUUCCUGCCAGUAAACAGACCACUCAGUGCUCAGUUUUCAUUUUGUAUAUUUACAGCAUAUGAAGUUUCAGCUUCUGGUUAGUUUCCAGGUAUUAACUGAACUAAAAGCAGCAUUAGGUAUAAGUUAUAAUAUUGUAGGAUCAUGUGGCAAACCAGAAUCAGUUUAAGACCAAUUAACAUUUACUUAUGAAAUGAAUGGAAGUAUUAAACAUUAGAAUCUGUAAUGUGUGUGUGUGUGUGUGUGUGUUUUGCAUUGUGUGACUAUUGCAUUAUGUACAGACUAUACAGUACAGAAGGUGCUGUGAUUAUAAUAUACACACAUUUCACUGUAUUUACAGUGUGAUGAGAAAAAACCCACUAGUCACUGUGUAAACUCCCUUUAAAGCUUUAAACUGUUGCCUUCUGCAGUCUAAUGAUUCAUCAGUCGUGAUUCAAUGAUCCAGUGAUCAUCAAAUUGAAGAUCCGUCAUGACCACUAGACUGUCUUACAGUAAAAUACAUGAGAUUUUACAUUUCUUUCUGUCUUCCUAACAAAAUAUAAAUGAACCAUGAACUGCUUUGUAUUUGUACAAUAAACCUCAUGUCAAAAUCAUGAUGUUUUUGGACUUGUUCCUGUGCAGUAAGCUAUUUGUAAUUGAUUUUAGGGCGCUACCGAUGGCAUUGAUCUAAUAUCCAGGAACCGAAUCAGGCCGAUAUCAGAGAGAAUGAAUUUGACGAGAUCCUG